UUGGGCCCGGGUAGCAGGACUGGCAAGUCUGGCCAAACCUAUACACGCACUCGGCGUGCCUCAGUCAAGCUCGAGACAUCGUCGUGAAAGGAACGUUCGAAUUUCAAAUCAACCGGUCUCUCUUUCAAACGAAACCCACCAUUUUACCAACACCGGCACCACCCUCGCCCGCAUUAUACAGUGUCUCGUGCAUAGUGUGUUCUGUUCAACCUCAUAAAAAGACGUAAAAAAAGAAAAGAAAAACACGCAGUCUCCAAGCCCAAGUUAAGGAACCACCGGCGGAGUAGUCCAGAGAAAGGCGAAUCUAAAUUUUGCCCAUUUUAUACACACACAUACAUAUAAUAUUCCAGACACCUUAGAAUGGCCGAAUUAGGGACAAAGAAAUCCAUGAAUGUCGUAAGUAAACAGAAUAACGAAGUGUGCAGUGUUCUUUCUAACAACAGUUUGAUUGAUUUGGAUAACAUAAGCACGAGUAAUAAUCAAUUAAUUUCCCUUUGCGAUGACGAUGAAGAUGAGGAUGAAUUGAUUUUAUCCAAUAAUACAAAAAACGAGCUCAACACUGACGACAAAAGUCUUCAGGAAUUGAUAGAAAAUGAAUUAGCCCUCAGGAUUUGUUCUGGAAAUAAUGAAGAGGAAGAAAUUGAAGAAGAAGAUGAUGAGGAGGACUCCAUUAAAGUUCAGCCGGAAAUUAAAAAAAUUGUUCUCGCACCCAGACCAGAUCCACUUGAUGUUAAUGAAGAAUUUCUCGUAGCCGAAAUAGAUCAUUAUUCAUUAAUUGAAGAACCGUAUGGUUACCAAAAUGGCCACACAGAAUCGAAUCCAAAGAAUCAAUUCAGUACAGAUGAGAUGCUUGAAGAUAAGGUCGAUGAAGUGAACUUUCAAAAUGAUGAAAUGCUCUUGGAAUCAGAAGUUCGACUCGGGCAAAAAGAAGAGAUUUCAUCAGAACAAUUUGAUGAAUCGAAAAAUUCCCAGUCUCCAGAGGAUCAAGUGCCAGUUAUCAAUGGAACAACCGAUGUAGUUGAGGCAAUCGCCAAUCAUACCAACGAAAACGAGGAAGAGAUAGUCCAAAAUGAGUCAAACAUGGAAAAUGUUGAGAUUGUCCAAGAAGACAAUUUCUCAGAUCUUCCAGAAGCUGAUAGAAAAAUAGUCCCCAAUCCCUGGUCAAAUGUAAAUACAGAAAAUUCGAUAGAGACUUGUCAGAAAAGUGGAGAUUUCUCAGAUGAUUUUCAUCACGUUCUCAGUGAAAAUUCAACAAAUGAUAGUCCCUCCCACAAACCAGAAGAAGACACAUAUCUUCCUAGUCUUGAUUUGGGAGAGGAAAUAUCGUCCAAGGAGGCAUCAGGAAUUGACGAGAAAGACUGCUCUCCAAAUAAAGAUACUUGUGAACUAUUUCCAGAAAACAAGUUCGAAAUGGAGCACAAAGUUGAAAAAAUUAUCGAUAACAAUGAGUGCCUUCCUGAUACUUUUAAGACUGAUGUCAACGUUUCGUACCAUGAUGAAGAAAUAAAAAAAGCCGAACCCGAAGACUGUGCUUCCAAAAAUUUCACCUGCAAUACAGUGCAGAAUGGAAUGAUUAAUGGUACGAAUUUCAAAUCUCCGGAUUUUGAUUCAUGGACUACGGUCGAAGCUGCCACGAGGGAAGAAAAUGGGCUAGAAACUAACACUUGUCAAAACAAUGAAAUUGAGAAUUUUAAGGAGGAAAAAACAGAUGAUCAAAAUUGUAACGAAAAAACAGAUGAAAAAGUAGCUCCAGUUGUUAUAAUUGAUGGCGGAAAGAGUGAUGAAUCUAGUUCCGAUGACAGUGAAAACCGUGAAGAGGUGUUAACUACCAGCACGGUAGUUACCUCGACUUCAACUACAAAAACCGCGACGAAGACGAAGAAGAAGAAAAUCGAAGGUAUUGCUGGUAGCGAUGCAUCGCCAAAUCACACCCCUCGAACCAAGAAAACUAAGAAAAGCAAAAAAAGUGAACUUGAAAAGGAAAACAUCUCCGUGAACGGUAACGUAGAAGAUCCAAGCAUGCAUACGAGUUCCCGUCAAGUUUCCGCGGAGACAAAUGAAAUCUCCGACGAGAACGAUCUUUCCAACGUCAACGUUAAAUCGCUGACACAAAAUUACGUGUCAGAAGCGAAUCGUAGCGAACUGGAGAAAUCCCACAAAGAAGUAAUUGCUACUGGAAUCUCUAUUAAGCAAUUGUGUCGCAGCUUUGGCGACAUCUCAAACAUGAGCGAUGGAGACCAAGUGCCACUCGGCAAUUCUGAACACGCCAAGACUCAAGAGAAAUCAAGUUUCAACAAAUUCGAUGCUCUUAGCAAAAAGUCUGUUCUUCACGUUCGAUCAGUGGACGCAGGAAAAGUUCAGCAACAGCUAAAUGCCGUAGGCCAAAACGGUGAUGCGAAUCCAAACUGCCGCAGUUGCGGGAAGGUUGUAUUUCAAAUGGAACAAACCAAGGCUGAGGGUCUAAUUUGGCACAAGAACUGUUUCCGAUGUGUUCAAUGCAGUAAACAACUUAGCGUUGACAAUUAUCAAAGCCACGAAAGUACACUUUACUGCAAGGCCCACUUUAAGGAACUCUUUCUACCUAAACCAGUCGAGGAGUCAGAUCAACCUGUGCGACCUCGAAAGCCGGAAAUGAUCAUUCGCGAGAACGAGCCGAAAGAGCUGCCACCCGAUGUGGUCAGAGCAUCUGACAAACCAGAUCUCGGACUGGAGGAGCUUUCCACAUUGAACGUGAAAUCGCGGUUUCAAGUGUUUGAAAAAGCGUCAACCGAAACCACAAAUGACAUCGAAAGGUCACCCUCUCAAGUGGCAGUAAAAAGAUCGCCCAGCAUUCUCAGUAAAUUGGCCAAAUUCCAAGCGAAAGGUAUGGAUAUUGGAGUGGCUGAUGAAUCCCUCAAUGGAAUACCUUAUGAAGAAAGUAGCCAGAGUGAAGAGGAAAUUGAAGAAGAAGAAACAGAAGAAGUGGACACAGAAAUCGUGAGGGGAAAACGAGGAGCUCGAGAGCGACCCAUCAGCUUUACAAAAAUGGAUGAUAUGAAAAAUCGUUGGGAAACAACGAGUCAACAAGGAAAACGCGAGUCACAAAGAGAAGCAAGGAAGGAAGAGAUUGCGGGCAUCCGAUCAAGACUUUUUAUGGGCAAGCAAGGGAAAAUGAAAGAAUUGUAUCAGCAAGCAGUAGCAGAUAGUGAACGCAUAACAAAAGUAAAUGCAGUUGAAGAAAUACAACACGCAACAAACGCACGUUCAAUCAAAGAGAAAUUCGAAAGAGGCGAAUCAAUUCCGGCUUCGGACGAUGUAAACGAAAACAAAGAGAAACCUGAUGAGGAAGUUAUAGCAGCAGGUAUUAGUCGUAAGUCACGAUCACUAUUUUUGGAACUGGAUGCUUCAGCAGCAAAAACUGGAAGACCGGUUACACCUGUGAAUCCUAAAACUACGACAGAAACGCCACGAAGAGCCAGAGAUGCGUUCAUGGGCCGUCAAGUUUCGGACGAUGUUGUACGCAGUUCGGACACAACUGCGGAGGUGCAGGUCGAGACCUCCGACAUCUCAAACAAAUUUAAGUUCUUCGAGACCUACAAAGAGCCUGAGAAGCAAAGAAGGCAAUUUCGCAUUACUCCCCCUCGCGAUGGUCAAACCAAGAUGAAUUCUCCCGACCGAGAAGUUUACCGCGACCCGGAUGUUGUCAGAGCUGAAGACAGGGUUGACGAAGUGGUUCACACCGAUACAGCCAGAAAAAUGCUGUCAAUUUUCCGACAAAUGGAGGAAAAUGCCAGCAAGGAAGAUAUUCCAGAUGGACCCAAACCUCUUAAGCGAUUCACUCCACCACCCGAAGACAAAUUCUCAAAACCUACCGCCUCAGAAUCUGAAGAUGAGGAGGAGGAAGAAGCUGAGGACUCGGAAGACGAUGACCCCAACUACGUCAGAGCUUCCGAUAAGGUGGAAGAUGAAUUUCUGAAACAAGCACAGAAUGCCGCGAGAGCUAAGACUUUGCGCGCAAAAUUCGAACAUUGGGAAACGACCGAUGGCAAAUCGACAAGCCACAAUGUUGCGGAAAUGGAAAUUGCUCAAGGCACAGGUGAUCAAAAUAGUAUCGAAUCAGCCAGCAGCUUGAGGGCUCGUUUCGAGUCCCUAGGAUCACAGACUACUGAUAGUCCUCGCACGCAGAAGGUUAAGGUCAAUAGAUUUGUGUAAGACCCAAAGAAGACUGCUAGAAAGGGCUUUCGGCGGAAAAAAUGAUUAAUCAACGAAAUCAACGAAGACAAAGAAGUUACUGUUAAAAGACGAAAGCCUUCAAAGGAUUAAGGAAAAAGGUCCUCUUCACAUCGAAAUGGAAAUAAAUGGAAAAGGCCAUAAAUUGAAUUAGUGAUGACGAUUAUUCUAAUUACAAUAUUAUAUAACUCUUUACGUUAUUAGAGAUCAUUUAAAUGUCGGCGUUAUAUUAGUUGUUUAAGAAUUAUAAAUUUUAGAGUAAAAUGUAUCAUAAUGUGUCGCCUGCAAUGUUAAGUUGCAGAACCAAUAACGCAUUGUAAGAUCUGUUGUACUCUGUCAUGUUAAAAAGUUAAGUUACAAAUUAUAUUACAUUGUAGUUGAAAACCGGAAAGAAAACCGAAAUUGUUAACUUUUAUUAAAAAACAUUGAGACUCUAAUUUCAGAUAGAUAGAAAUAUUUCCUUUAUUUGAGAAUUUUAAACACCAAGAAAUGUUAUUUUUGACAAAUCAGAGUUAAAACACAUAUCGAGCUUUCGCGUCAUCUUUGACAGUUUAAAAAAGAAACUGAAAAGGAUAUGGUUAUUAAAAUGUUAUAUUUAUUUUAACUUUUUAUUAAGUAAUGAAUUAAUUUAAAAAAAGUAAUUGAUUUCUAUCGAGAAAUAUUCAUUAUUUCUUUUCUACGUGCUAAGCAGGAAAAGGUGUGAUUCAUAAAUUGAUUUCUAUUAAGAAUAAACAAAUUGUAUUUCUAUUAAAAUUCUUAGAAAAUGUAUUGAAUUUAAAGAAAAAUAUGCCUUCAUCGAGAAUAUUUCGUUAAAACACACUUUAUGAAAAUAAAUUAUAUAAAUUUAAAAGACACAGGAAAAUUUAUCAAAUUUUUGUAAGAAAAAAAGAAAAACAAGCGCACAAUUCUCAGGGAAAUAAUCGAACAAGCUUUUAUAUGUGAGCAAAAGUUUCUUCUGAAAGAAUUAUGCUUGUAUAACUUAUCUUGAAAAGAUUCUUUUUUGAUAUUAAAAACCGACGAAAUAAUAUAUAAUUUAAUAAUUUAUCACUUACAAUUUAUUUUGUAAGGCUAAGUUUUAUUUAAUGUCAAAGUAAAUCUUAUAUAAUUAAAGGCAACGUUUCAUUUAAGAAUUCAAAAAAUUGUAAUUAAAAUGAUAAAUUGGAACAUUUUCUAAAUUGAAGAAUAAUUGAUAUUUGAAUAUUAUAGCAAUAACCACCAAAGAGUACUAUUAUAACAAAAAAAUAAUGACAAAGAAGUGUAGAUUACGAUUAAUCAAGUUUUACAUUACUAUUGUCUAGUCUUCCGUGCUCUUUCACAAUAUUUUGCAAGACAAAAACUUCCAAAUAUUUUGCAACAAAAUUACGAUAUAUAAAUUAAAUAUAUAUAUAAUGUAAUCUUCGAGCUGGACGUGAUGAAUAAUUGUAUCAUUAUUUAUAUGUAGUAGGUAAAAAUUGCAAUUCUGCAUUACAACAGCGUGUAUACAAAAUGGCGUUUCAAAAAUAUAGAUUAGAAAACUUUUUAUUUAUAAAUGCUUGAAACGUAUUUACGCGUGUACAAUGUAUUAUAUACAAUUCAUUCGCAUUUAAUCGAAUUUGAGAAAAAAAAAUUAUUCUAUCUUCUUAAAAUAUGAGAAAAAGAAAAAUUCACGAAAGAAUAAUCUUUCGGAGAAGAAUAUUAAUGAAAACAUCCACGAAAAAAGUUAUUUUUUUAAAAAACCAGUUUUCUAUACUAAAUUUAUGUCUGAAUUUUAUAUUAUUUAUAUAUGAAGGAUAAUUAAUUUAAGACGGAUUUAAAUUAUUUCUAUAUCAAUAUCUGGAAAAAUAUCAACGCAACAUACACGAAUCAUUGUGUGAUAUUAUAAGAUUAUUAAAAUUUUAUAACGAAUUGUAAUUAACCCCUUUGUUGCAUAAAAAUAUUUUAUAAAAGACUUUGUCAAUGUUCAAUUUUUUUCAAAGCGACUAUACAGAGAACAACGAAUAGAAUUGGCUACUAAAUAUACUUUAUAUAAUAUUUCUUGAAAUAAUGAGUUUGAAAACGAAGGGGUUAAUGGUAUGAUGAUGUUAAAUUUCAAACCUCGUAACUCGUAUUUUCAGUGUGUUUCUGUUAAAUGUUUUUCUUUUAAGGAAAGUGGAAUUUAAAAAAAUAUUUAAUCCUAUGGAAAAUCUCUUCGAAAUUUAUAAAUUAAACAUGGAAAUAAUCCAACAAUUACGAACAAUUCGUUUGUUUACGUUUUAUUGUAACCAGAAUAUAUUGAGUGAUUUUUUAAAUUUACCUCUUUAUUGUAACAUCUCAUAGAAUAUUUGAAAUUGAUAAAUAAACAAUGUUUUUUUAUUA